ACUAGGACAAACUAUCUAAUCCACGACGACGACCAAACAAAAGCUCUUCUUGUUUGGUUUCCCUGUAAGAAAAGAAAUGUCACCAUCAUCGUCUUCUUCCUUUGUUUCUCUCACUUUCUUCUCCCUUCUUCUAGUUUCUUCUCUGAGCUUCUCAUCAUCAUCUUCCGAUGACAUCUCCGAGCUGUUCGACGCUUGGUGCCAGAGACACGGCAAAACGUACGCUUCGGAGGAAGAGAGACAACACAGGAUUCGAAUCUUUAAAGACAAUCACGACUUCGUCACACGCCACAACAACAUCGCUAACUCUACUUACUCUCUCUCACUCAAUGCCUUCGCGGAUCUGACUCACCACGAGUUCAAGGCCUCUCGUCUUGGAGGAUUCUCUGCUUCUUCAGCUCCGUUGCUGGUGGCUAAGGGACAGAGUGUUGAGAACGUUCGGGGAAAGGUUCCAGAUUCUGUUGAUUGGAGGAAGAAAGGAGCUGUUACUAAUGUCAAAGAUCAAGGAAGCUGCGGAGCGUGUUGGUCUUUCUCGGCGACUGGAGCUAUGGAGGGAAUCAACCAGAUUGUAACAGGAGAUCUCAUCAGCCUCUCUGAGCAGGAACUCAUUGAUUGUGAUAAGUCCUACAACGAUGGAUGCAAUGGUGGUCUCAUGGACUACGCUUUUCAAUUUGUCAUUAAAAACCAUGGGAUUGACACAGAGAAAGAUUAUCCUUAUCAAGAACGUGAUGGCACCUGUAAAAAAGAUAAGUUGAAAAGAAAGGUUGUGACAAUUGAUAGCUACGCUGGCGUAAAAUCAAACGACGAGAAAGCGUUACUGGAAGCUGUAGCGGCUCAGCCAGUUAGUGUUGGUAUCUGUGGCAGCGAGAGAGCGUUUCAGUUAUACUCUAAGGGAAUAUUCUCUGGCCCAUGUUCAACAUCACUGGACCACGCAGUGCUCAUCGUAGGAUACGGUUCAGAGAACGGUGUUGAUUACUGGAUCGUGAAGAACUCUUGGGGAAAAAGCUGGGGAAUGGAUGGGUUUAUGCACAUGCAGCGUAACACAGGCAACUCGGAAGGAGUAUGUGGAAUCAACAUGCUGGCUUCGUAUCCCAUCAAGACACAUCCAAACCCUCCUCCACCGUCACCUCCAGGUCCCACAAAAUGCAACCUUUUCACAUAUUGUUCAGCUGACGAGACUUGUUGCUGUGCGAGAAACUUGUUUGGUUUGUGUUUCUCGUGGAAAUGCUGCGAGCUAGAGUCUGCUGUGUGUUGCAAGGACGGUCGACAUUGUUGUCCGCGUGAUUACCCCGUCUGUGACACAACCAGAAGUCUUUGCCUUAAGAAAACUGGCAAUUUCACAGAGAUCAAGCCCUUCUGGAAGAAGAAUGCGUCCAGUAAACUUGGCAAGUUCGAGGAAUGGGUUAUGUAAGAGGAAGUUUUCAAAACUCUUCCAUACGGAAGCCUCUUUGGAUUCGUUUAUCUAUAAGCUGAGAGAUGAUUAUUUUAUAGCUGUUGUUGUGAUAUGUAUUAUUAGUCUCUUAUUUGGAUGUAUACAAACUUUUGAAUCAAUAAAAGGUUACUUGCAGGACACAAUAAAUAAACAAGAGUUUCCUCAUCUA